UCCCCCCUUUGCCUUCUUCCCCUUUCUUUCCCCUGCUACCUCAGCUCUCAGCUGUGAGCUGAGUUCCCCAGCCAAGCAAAGCGAAAUAGCAAGCGCCACUCAGGAAUCGCCACCGCCGGAAGCCAAGCAUCACCCACCCCCAUCCCCAGAUCGCUCCGCCGCCCGCCCGUCCACCGUCCCGCCCAUCCAUGGAUCCGACAACCGACCCAGCGGCAUGGCCACCAUGGACCUCCCUCCUCCUCCGUGCGCUAAGCCGUCGCCGGACGUGGGUCGCGCUCUUCCUCGCCGUCUACGCAGCCCUCCUCUCCUCCUCCUGGUCGCUCCUCGCCUCCGUCCGCGCCUGGUACUACACCGCCACCACCUCCCCAACCUCCGCCGCCGCGUGGCCCGCGGCGCUGUACGCCCCGGUCAUGUACGGCGCGGUGUUCGGGCUGCUCUCCAUGGGCGCCGCCCUGGCCGUAGCCGCGCCCGCCAUGCUCGUCACCUGGACCACCGUCCUCGUGCUGUUGGCUUUCGCGGGGCGGCCCUACCGGUCCCUCGUCGCCGAGGGGCGCCGCGCCACCAGGGACAUCGCUGGGCUCGCGUUACGGGUGCUGCUGAGGGAGGGGAACGCCAUCGCCGCGCUCUGCGCCGCCGCCAGCUUCGCCGCGCUCCUACUCGGCCGCCGAGAUGAUGGCGACGCUUCCUAGUAAUCAGUAGCAGCUGUAGCCUGUAGGAGAGCCGCCGUCCCCUUUCUUCUUCGUCUUCUUCUCAGGCUAGAUUUGAGAUUUUCCCCACCUCCUCCAGUCGACAGUGCUGUCCUGUCCUUCUCCGGUCCGGACGCAGCAGCCUGCGCAACCCAAGAUUGUGAUAUGGUUUGGGGGCGGGCGGGCGUCUCGGUGUGGUGUUUUCCUUCCGGCCUCUCUCUCUACUUGGCCUGCUCUGCGCUGAUUUGUUUACUGCUUGCUGCUGGAGUAGUAGGUGUAAUCUAGGAUCACACCAAUUUGUUUCAGUUAUUACUCCACAAAUUGGACACUGAUGCCAUCUGUAACUGUAAUGAAUUUAGCUUGUCUUUACCUCUUGGCCAUGGAAUUGAAUUGAGGGGCGAUGGAUAUAUACAGUACAUGAUACCGAAAUUGGUUUCUUCUACUUGUGUGCUCAAGUUCAGAAGAUUAUUUGGAUGACAAAUUUCAGGACUAACUAACCUUGCAGAAACCAUACCACAUCUGUUAGCGCAACAAAUAUUUGAGUAGCCCUUUCUUUCAGAUGAUGUGAUCUUCUGUUAGGGAGAGUAUUGGCAUCUCUGGUAGAAACUAUCGCUACAAAAUGGGCAUGCAUCCGUGAAGGUCCAGUUGGACCCAGCUAUUACAGAUGAGAUUGUAAGUGUUCUUUUCUUCUUUCUUGCCCAGAUGGCCAGACUUCAUGCUUUUAAUUAGUACAACAAAUAUUCGACUCGACUAGCACUUUCUUUCAAAUGAUGAGUUGUAUCUUCAUCAAAUCUCUUUGUAGUUCUUAGCUAAAUGUGUAUCUUACUAUCUACCAAGCACAGUAUUCAUCCUCAAAAUAUGUUAUUUAACUUGUAUUGUUGUAUCCUUGUAUCAAUUAUCUGAGUUGUGCCUCGAAAUUGUGAACUGUCAGUUCCCUUAGAGUUUUCAGUCACUGUACCAGUUAUGAUGCAUGCCCAUUAUUACUUUAUUUAUCUUGGAGACAAAAUUAGGAGGGGCCAACACAAUGAUAAUGGUGACCAGUUUGAGGAUUAAUCAAUACAAUGACAUAGACAUUACUACUUUACUAUGAAGUUGCACAAAUACAGGGUUAUUCUCAAUCUUUUUAUGGGCUCAGAUAUAGUGUUAUUCUCAAUCUGCGUUGAACCAUUUUUUUAUAGAGUUGUCUGCACUGGAGUCCAUGGAACUGUGGGGACUGACCAAGUGUUCAGUCAGUGGACUGUAUUUGAUUUUAUCUCCUCACAAGUCACAGCCAAUACACUUUAGCCUUCUCAUUAUGAAGGAAACUUGCGUGUUAUAAUAAUUUAUUUACCAGCUCUUGUUUUUCUAGGGUUUUAUUGACCAGCUUUUGGCCUCCUAUAAACAAAUACUGUCUCCGGUCACAAAUAAGUGACAGGGUCCCUAAAACAUGAGCACAUGACUGAUUAGAACUGUCAUUGUAAUGUGUUCGUAGAACAUAUCAAGAUUAUAACUUUGUGCAUCUGCUUUUCAAGAUAAAUCUAAUCUUAUCAUUUUUUAAUAUCAAAAGCCAACACACACACACACACACACAACUGGAGUAACCUAUAUAAGCUAGCUAGACAUGUCAUUUUCUGAGAACUGUUAGUUCUGUUUUUUUAGAUAAUGAUAACUGUUAGUUCUGUUGAAGUCAUGUAGCAGUGGUUGGUUGAGUGUGUACACUCAUACAUGUAAAUCGGAUUAUUCCAAUUGAAAAUAACUUAAUACUUGGAGCUAUAAUUAUUACUUGCAACUAAUUCUCUCUUUCUUAACUGGUUAAGGAUAUAUGCUAAAGAGAAUUUCACAGUUAGCAUCAAUCAAUCGGCUACAAAAUUGGUGCUACAUACAAGGGGAUGGGAAUAAAUCGUGAUGGGCCUCCCAACUGUCACCUGGACCACCGUCGUUGUGCUCCUCGCCUUCGCGGGGCACCCGCCCCAAUCGCUCGUUGCGGAGGGCUGACGCGCCACCAGGGACAUCGUGGGGCUUGCGCUCAGCGUUUUGCUCCGCGAGGGCAACGCCGUUGCCACGCUCUGCGCCGCCGCCAGCUUUGCCGCACUCCUACUUGGCUGCUGCGACGAUGACGAUGACGCUUCCUCAUCAAUCAGUAGCAGUUGUAGUCUGUAGCAAGCCGUCCUCUUCUUCUCAAGCUAGAUUUGAGAUUUCCUCACCUCCAGUCUCCAGUCCUGUCCUGUCCUGUCCUUCUCCGGAAGACGCAGCCGCCUGCACAAGCCAAAAUUGUGACAUGAUUUUGGGGGCGGGCAUCUCAGUUUGGUGUUUUCCGGCCUCUCUCCUUGGCCUGCGCUGAUUUGUUUACUACUUUGCUGGAGUAGGUGUAAAUUAGUAUCACACCAAGUUGUUUCAGUUACUCCACAAAUUUGACUGUGAUGGCAUCUGUAAUGAAUGUAGCUUGUCUUUAGCUCUUUGGACAUGAAAUUGAAUCGGAGGGUCAUAUAUAUAUACAGUUCAAGAUAUGUUAUUGAUUUGAAUGCUAACUAACCUUGCAGAAAGGAUACAUCUGUUACUGCUACCACAAUUCGAGUAGCGCUUUCUUUCAGAUGAGGUGAUCUUUUCUUAGGGAGAGUAUUGGCAGCUCUGGUGGAAGCCAUCUCACAAAAUGGGCAUGCAUCUGUGAAGGUCCAGAUGGAGCCAGCUAUUACUGAUGAAAUUGUGAGUGUUCUUUUCUUUCUUUCUUUCUUUCUUUCUUUCUUUCUUUCUUUCUUUCUUUCUUUCCUGCACUCCAUGCUUUUAAUUAGCACAACAAAGAUUCGACUCGACUAGCACUUUAUUUCAAAUGAUGAGUUGUCUCUUUAUCAAAUCUCUAAACUUGUGGGCUUGUGUCUUAGUCUGCCACAACAAAUAGCAUAUUUUGAGUAUUCAUCCUCAAAAUAUGUUAUUUAACUUGUAUUGUUGUAUCAGCUAUUCAGCUAUCUGAGUUGGUGUCUUCAAAUUGUGAAAUUGCAGUUUGCUUAGAGUUUUCAGCCACUGUACCUGUUAUGAUACAUGCACAUUACUACUUUAUUUAGCUUGGAUACAACAACAUUUGGAGGGGCCAACACAAUAAUAAUGGUGACCAUUGAAGACUGAUCAAUACAAUGACAUAAACAUUACUACUUCACUAUGAAGUUGCACAAAUAUAGGGUUAAUUCUCAUUCUUUUAUGGGCUCAACAGUAGAUUGAAAAUGAGUGAGCUACCAUUUAUCAUGGGUGCCAUCAUAAAACCCCUGACAGAGAAAUUGAAUGAAGAUUCUUUAUAUGCUGAUUUGGUGGGGAAAAUCAUUUUAAGUUGGCUUGAUGCAACCAUCUCUUGUCCAUCAUCCACCAGCCUGAGGAAAGUGCCAGUGCAAGGCAGGCUUCAUUGUAGUUCUAGGUAAUGAGGACUUGCUGCAAGUGGCACUGGUUUGUUUACAUGAAAGGUCAGUGAUGCAGAAAGAUCAUUAAUGUUGGGUCUCUCCAGAAAUGCCAGUGUCUAAUGGUGCAGCUUGUCAUUGUCCAGUACUGAAACUUUGAUAUAAGUAUUUUUUAUUCACCUGUUUUACUAGUGGAAGAAAUGACAGAUGGCAUAAAUGAUUCAGUAAAGAUGCCUUGGAGAAGCUUAAGCUAGUGGUUAGUACUCAGACAAGUUAACAUUAAGCCUUGUGGAAUCUGCUUUGGUUAUAUUGUGUCACUUCAACCUUCUUGAUAAUCCCCAAGGAGCAGAAAACUCCUGGAAUUUACAGCUUAUUAGUUCAGGGGUCUAUGUUGAGAGAACUGGCAAGAUGGUAGAGAGUAUCCUCCGUCUGUCCUUGUGUUUUAGUAAAGAGAUUAGAAGGUCUGCACUGGAGUCCAUGGAACUGUGGGGACUGACCAAGGAGGGUUCAGUCAGUGGACUGUACUUUAUUCUUGUCUUCUCACAAUUCACAGACAAUAUUUCAUGUACAGUUUACUGCUCUCUCUGAGUCCUGUCACUUUUCAGUGGUCAGAGAUUCUUCUUUGGGAGAGAAUUGCUCUGCUCAACAAUAUGUUUCAGAGAUGAUGCCAGAUUCAAAGCAGACCCAACUGAGUCUCCAUAUUUCAACUCCUGAAAACAGAGGUGACAGCGCGAGAUAAGGUUAAGGAUUCUGUGUAUGCUAAAGAGAAUUUCACAGUUAGCAUCAAUCAAUUGGCUACAAAAUUGUUGCUACAUACAAGGGGAUAGGAAUAAAUCGUGAUGGGCCUCCUAUAGAAAAAUACUGUCACCGGUCACAAAGUGACAGGGUCCCUGAAACAUGAGCACAUGACUGAUUAGAACUGUCACUAUAAUGUGUUUGUAGAACAUAUCAAGAUUAUACUUUUAUGCAUCUGCUUUUAAAGAUAAAUCUAAUCUUAUCAUUUUUAUAGGAGGCACACUGACGCUUCCUCAUCAAUCAGUAGCAGUUGUAGCCUGUAGCAAGCCGUCCUCUUCUUCUCAAGCUAGAUUUGAAAAUAACUUAAUACUUGGAGCUAUAAUUAUUACUUGCAACUACCUCUUUCUUAACAGGUUAAGGAUUCUGUGUAUGCUAAAGAGAGUUUCACAGUUAGCAUCAAUCAAUUGACUAUAAAAUUGUUGCUACAUACAUAAGGAGGUAGGAAUAAAUUGUGAUGCGCCUUCCAGCUGUUGCCCCCUUCCCCCCUACGCCAUCUCAAUGUUGAAUGUAGAAGUUUGGGUAUGAGUGAAGUCAAGGGCAGAAAAUGGCAGGUGGUUUCUGUCCAUCCACAUCAUUUAUCUGUGACCAGGUAAGUUCUUGCUCUUGAAAUACAGAAAAAUGGAUAUAAUCAUGGGAGACUCUUAGUUUCGCUCAUGAGAACUUGCAUACCAAACUCUGUUUCUGCUUAAAGGAUCCAGAAUCCUGCUUUCUAUGUCUGAUGCUUUCUAUGUCUGAUGCUCAUAAUCCAUAUGUACAGAUAAGUGCUUGUUGCUUGCAUUUUGACAGUUACAUAUUUUUUUUCAUGGUUAUAUUGCUGGAAGAUGACGCUCAUUUGGUAGCCAUAGACAUCUUAAACUGAUCCAGUUGUUUCUUGCAACACAUUUUGUUUACUUGAUCACUCUGUUUGGUUAGCACUUCUGAAAUCUAUUCAGUACUUGUUUUACCAUAGUAAGUAUUCAGUCAUGUGUUGCGAAAUAAGAUGAGAAAGAGAGAGGAGUAAUGGGUGGAUUAGCCAAUGUAUGACGUUCGAUGUUCUCCUGUAAACAUUUUUAAUCAAUUAAUUUUAGCAAACAAGUGAUUACACUGGUUAUAGCCAUACUAUGUAACCUCUGAAAUACACUGUGAAAGCAAUCUGAUCAAGCCUGUCGAUAUGCCCUUUAAAUUGCAACAUGUAAGUUUAUUUAGUUGGUUUAAAUGUCAAUACUUUUCUCAUGCUAUUAUUGCUUCCAUUUUAACUACAACUAGCUCCUGAACUGAAAUGCAAUUCGUCCGAAAUGCAUGGAUUGCUAUAUGUUAUAAGAUGCACACUGAACCACUAUAAUAAUGUACUGUUUUCAAAAACCACAUGUGGUCAUCUCUCUAUGUUUUGAUAACUUGUUUUUGUAUUUCAGCCAUUGAACAAGUUGGAUGCAAAGGCACUGGUGAUACAAGCAUGCCUAUGAAGAAGAGCAAGUUGAAUACUAGAAUAGAUUGGCUAUAUUCAAGCAAAUACGCGGUUGUAAAAGUCAAUCUGUUUACUUAUCUAUUAUAUGAAAUGAAGUAUCUAUUAUAUGAAAUGAAGCUAGUAGCUGAUGCUUUAGUAAUAGCUAUAUCUCUGAGGCACACCACUGAUCUGGGAAUAUAGUUUCAGAGAACAUAACAAAUCUUCUGGUUUCAGCUGGUAGCUUUGUUGUUGUUUUGGCCAUUCAACACUCAAUACUUAUCUAGCUAUCAUCUUCAA